AGCGUGGGCGGUACACCGACCUAUUUGCGGAGAGGCCCCGGGCGGGCCGCUAUAUUUACCACCGGCUCCUCCGCCCGCCCUCCCAGAGACCUUUCGCGACACCUCCACGGCACCCACGGGAGCGGCUGCUUCUUCUUCAACAAGUUCCGACCACCGCGGCUUACUAGGAUGGCGCGAGCGCUGUGCUCACGGACGGCGGCGGGCCUGCUGGCGCGGCGGCUGGUGGGGGGAGGGCAGGCGGCGGCGGGCCGCCUGGGCCGGCGGGCCCACCACACGCGGCGGCCGGUGGUGCUGGAGGUGGACGGGGCGUCGACGGCGUCGUCCGCGGAGGGGGCCAGCGCGCUGAAGCGGCGGCUGGAGGAGGCCAUCGACGGCGCCAUGGCCCGGAUGUCGGAGCCCGAGUGGGCGCCGUUCCGGCCCGGGACGUCCUACUUCGCGCCGCCCCGCCCCGCCGGCGCCGCGCUCGGCCUCCUCGAGCUCGUCACCCGCGGCGGCGGGAUAGGGAUGCUGCCCCCGCCGCCGCCCCGCGGGCUCUCCGACGAGGAGGCGCGCGCCGUCGCCUUCUCCUCCCGCGGAUACCCCUGCUCGACCUACUUCGUCGACGGAUGCUUUUCCGAUGAAGCGGAGGGAUCAAACCAGGAUGCGGCAGAUCCAGCUGAAGAGGAAUAAAUUGGAGGAACUAGUUGUUGUUUGCACUGGAUGAAGCAAGAAAGGCUUGUCUGUUUAUGUUUUGCCUAUUGUUCUCUGCUAUUGUAAAUAUGUAAAACCUAUGGAUUCAUGACCUGUUUAUGGGAAAUAAGAACUUACUGAAUUCAUGUCA